CACCAAGUGAGCAUUUCAACAUUUAACUGUUUGAGCUUUAACUUUUAAGUUAUUACAUAUUAACUUUUAAAAUAAUUCUUCUACAGUUGAAUGGUGGAUGCAAUAUGGUCAUAAUGUCCCAAACUUGCAACAAUUUGCUAGAGUGCAAAGUUUAACUUGUAGCUCAUCCGGUUGCGAGAGAAAUUGGAGCGUGUAUGAACAUAUUCAUACUAAAAAGAGAAACAGGCUUGAGUUAAAACGCCUGAAUGAUCUAGUGUUCAUCAAAUAUAAUAGAACAUUGGUGCGUCGCUACAAUGCUCGCAAUACCAUUGAUCCAAUUUUGUUGGAUAAUAUUGAUAAUGCAAAUGAAUGGUUAACUAGAGCACCCCAAAAUCAUGAAGAUGAAGAAGUAUAUGAAGGAGAAGGUCUCACUUAUGGUGAUGUUGCUACGGCUAGUGGUGUGGAGGAGAAUAUUUAUGGUUUUAGGGGGAGUACUUUAAGGGGCAAGGAAAAAAGAGUAGCUACAGGUUCUCAAGUUCAUGUUCAAAUAGAAGUAGAACUCUUGUUGAUGAGUCCUCCGAUGAGGAAGAAGAUGAGGACCAAGUAGAAGUAGAACCCUUGUUGAUGGCACUUCAAGAGUUUGAGGAUCUUGUUGAAGAAUAGGAUUUUGCUCUCUUUGUGAUUUGGUUAUGCAUUUGCUUUAUAUGUUGUUACUUAUGAGGAUUAUUGACUAUCUAGUUACUUUUUACUCUAAUUCUUUUGAGUUCU